CCAAUCCCACUAUAUACCGUUCACUUCCAGCAUCAAUGUCGUCAAUCAUCAUUUCCAUCAAGGACCUUGUCACAUCGGUAUUCGAAGUGAUAGUCUCCGUGUUUCACACCGCCCUCGAUGUGACCUCUGGGCUGCUCACAGCUAUUGUCAACUCUUUCAUCGGCACCCUCAGGAUGGCGCUGCGUGCUGUAGGAAAUAUAUUUGAAGCUGCAGGUGGCUUAGGCAAGUUUAUUGCUAGUAAUAUUAUUGUCAUUGCAAUCAUCGCUGGCGGUGCAUAUGGAUAUCUGCGAUACCAAAGUCGCCAAGGACGCCCUAUUAAGGUUGGAAACAAGAAGUUGAACUAGGUUAGGAUUGGUAGUUUGUUGAUUUUAGGCUGUCCUGUUUUUACCGCAAUAAUUAUCUAAGAGGUGGCUAAGAUGCCUAUUUUUCCACCCCUUCAAAUCAACCGCGAUCAAAAGAUUUCUGUCAGUAUCCAAAAAGAAAAUCAGUGUUUUCACAUCUGUUCUGUAUUAUCAAUCCAAAGUUAGGAAAGCCAACUUGCCAAUUCCGUAUUGGACAUCUGUUGUGUUGACAUCAUCGGGCGUUGCAGCGAAGACCGCCAAGAAAUCCUCUGCAUAGAAACCCCCCAUCC